AUGAGUGCCCAAAAUAAUUACUUAAGUCCCCUCCCCGGCCCCAACGGGCGGGCGGACUGCCCUGAGGAGGCGGGGAGGGGAGGGCUGAGCCGGCCGGCGGGCGGGCGACGAGGCCGAACUUCUGCGCUGCCCCCAACCGCACGCGGAGGAGCACGCAGUCGGACCUGGCCUUCUUCAGGUUCCCGCGGGAUCCGGCCAGAUGCCAGAAUUCUUCGAGAUAAUGCAAUACCAACAAUAUUUGAUCUUACCAGUCAUUUGAACAAUCCACACAGUAGACACAGAAAACGAAUAAAAGAAUUGAGUGAAGAUGAAAUCAAGACUCUGAAACAGAAAAAAAUUGAUGAAACUUCUGAACAGGAACAAAAGCAUAAAGAAACCAGUAACAGCAAUGCUCAGAACCCUAGUGCAGAAGAGAACAGUGAAGAAAGGGCUAAAGAACCGAAGGAAAUUUGCCAUUCUCAGUGGACAGGAAGGCAUGAUGCUUUUGAAGUUUUAGUGGACCUCCUGCAAGCACUUGUUUUAUGUUUAGAUGGUAUAAAUAGUGACACAACUGUUAGAUGGAAUAAUUGUAUAGCUGGCCAAGCAUUUGUCCUCUGUAGUGCAGUAACAGAUUUUGAUUUCAUUGUUACUAUUGUUGUUCUUAAAAAUGUCCUCUCUUUCACAAGGGCCUUUGGAAAAAAUCUCCAGGGGCAAACCUCUGAUGUCUUCUUUGCAGCCAGUAGCUUGACUGCAGUGCUGCCGCUCAAUGAAGUGAUGGAAAAUAUUGAAGUUUAUCAUGAGUUUUGGUUUGAGGAAGCCACAAAUUUGGCAACUAAACUUGAUAUUCAGAUGAAGCUUCCUGGGAAAUUCCGCAGAGCUCAGCAAGGUAUCUUGGAACCUCAACUAACUUCUGAGAGUUACUAUAAAGAAACCCUAAGUGUUCCAACAGUGGAACACAUUAUUCAGGAACUUAAAGAUAUAUUCUCAGAGCAGCACCUCAAAGCUCUUAAGUGCUUGUCUCUAGUACCCUCAGUCAUGGGUCAACUCAAAUUCCAUACAUCAGAGGAACACCAUGCUGACAUGUACAGAAGUGAUUUACCCAAUCCUGACACACUCUCAGCUGAACUUCAUUGUUGGAGAAUUAAAUGGAAACACAGAGGAAAAUAUAUUGAGCUUCCAUCUACCAUUUAUGAAGUCCUUCACCUGCCUGACAUUAAGUUUUUUCCUAAUGUGUAUGCAUUGCUGAAGGUCCUGUCUAUUCUUCCUGUGAUGAAGGUUGAGAAUGAGCGUUAUGAAAAUGGACGAAAACGUCUUAAAGCAUACUUGAGGAACACUUUGACAGACCAAAAGUCAAGUAACUUGGCUUUACUUAACAUAAAUUUUGAUAUUAAACAUGAUCUGGAUUUAAUGGUGGACACAUAUAUCAAACUCUAUACAACUAAGUCAGAGCUUCCUGCAGAUAAUUCAGAAACCAUUGAAAAUACCUAAGAGACUUUAAAUAUAUUUAAAGGCUUUCUCUUGUAUUUGAUAUUUGAAAGAAGAGCUGUAGGUGGAUGUAGGCCACCUAAUUACUGAAUAUCUUUGCCUGUAGGCCUUCAUUGAAUACUUUAGCCGUUGAUAAUCUACCUACUUGAAUGGCCUCUGUUGAAUGCUCAUGCUUUGAAAACCUAUUUGUUCUUCCAGAAGAUAGCAUUAAAAGUGCCAUCUUUCAUUUUUUUGUGAUCUCGGCUACUGACACUGUUAAAUUGUUUUAGUUAAGUCAAUUUAGACAUAACAUUUACUAUCACAGUAGACCCGUCAGGUAUUGAGUUGUCAAUUCUUUGAAGAAAUAAAUUUUGAAGAGGUAUGAUAGGAAGGAAUACAUUUGAUAAACUGUUACAAUAAAGCCAAUGAUUGACCCUUGAAUCUAGUAAAAGUUUUAAAUAUAUUGUUAAAAAUCUGUGGACAGUUAAAAGAAAUUACCAGAGAGAAGCUUGCGAGCUCACCAAAUGAAGAUUUCUGUGUACAUUUUGUCUUUAUCAACUGAACUUAAAGGAACAAGUGAUAGUUACAGUUUGAAUGGAAGAGCCUGCCAUUGUUACUCCCCAUCAGGUUGUUGCUGUUUACAUUCCUUUGUCGAGCCUAUUCUCCAUAAGCUUUUUAGCAGGCAUAUGUUGAACAUUUCUGUUUCCUGAUUGACAGAAUCAGAGGCCAUGGAUACUGACAACUAACUUAACUGUUUUCUUCUGUCUUUUUCCAUGACUUUAUAUACAGCCUCAUCUUGAUUUAUAAACAAAACCUGGAAAAGCUACAAAAAUAAGUGUUUUGUGGUUUAUCUAGAAAUAAUAUGGAAAAUAUUGCUGUUAUUUUUGGUGAAGAAAAUCAAUUUUGUAUAUUUUAUUUCAAUCUAAAUAAAAUGUGAAUUUUGGUUA